AUGAGCGGCUCAACCGAUUCAACCAAGCUCCCCAUCGAUGAUAAACACGACGUCUCUCAAACCGAAGAUGUCGAGAAAUCAACCAUCGACGAAGCAAUCGAUCCCAUCGCCGAGAAGAAACUUCUCUGGAAAGUCGACUGCCAUGUCGUCCCACCGCUUCUCAUCCUCUUCCUCCUAGCCUUCCUCGAUCGAAUGACCAAGGAGCUGCACAUGUUUGGGCAGGACUACAGCAUUGCUUUGUUUAUUUUCUUCAUCCCAUACAUCCUCCUCGAAGUCCCCUCCAACAUCAUCAUCCGGAAAAUCGCGCCUUCCACCUGGCUCUGCGGCAUCAUGUUCUGCUGGGGAGUCUGUACAGUGGGCGAAGGGCUCGUACAUAACUUCGGCUCCCUCGUCGCUUUGCGUUUCCUGCUCGGCAUCUUCGAAGCUGGUCUUGUUCCCGGAGCCGUCUACCUUAUCACCAUGUACUACAAACGGUACGAGCUACAAUGGCGGCUUAGUGUUUUCUUCUAUGCAAGUAUCCUCGCUGGUGCUUUUGGGGGUGUGUUUGCUUAUGCUUUGGCACACAUGGAUGGAAUUGGUGGCUACGCUGCAAGAAUGGAUAUCUUAAAUCAUCGGUCUGCUAAAAGAAUCUUCACAGAUUGGAAAAUCUGGUGCGGUGUCUUCAUGUAUAUGGGCAUCGUGAACACCGGCUAUGCAACAAGCUUUUUCAUCCCGACUAUCAUCCAGGAGAUGGGUUAUACGGCAGCUAUGAGCCAGGUGAGGAGUAUACCUAUCUUCAUCGUUGCUGCGGUAGCAGCACUCCUGGUGGCAUGGUCUACGGAUAGGAUGAAACAUCGCUACGCCUUCACGAUUGCCGGUGUAGUGGUGGGUGGUAUUGGAUAUGUGAUACUUUUGAAUCAAAGGGGUGUUAGUGUUGGUGUGAAAUACAUGGCUUGUUUCUUUAUCACGACAGGCGGGUACAUGACGCAGCCCGUAACGUGGGUAUGGCUUAACAACAUUAUGGGCAGCCACUAUAAACGCGCCAUAGCAACAGCCCUCCAAAUCGGCCUUGGCAACGCUGGCGGCAUUGUCGCCUCCAACGUCUUCAUCACAAAGCAAGCGCCCUUCUACCGCACGGGAUACGGCACCAGUCUCGCAAUGCUUCUCAUGUGUGGAGCGAUGUGCACCGUGUUUUUCUUUGGGUUAAAGGCAGAGAAUAAGAAGAGGAGUAACGGGGGAAGGGAUUACCGGUUUGAGAGUGGAGAGUUAGAGAAUAUGGGGGAUGAUCAUCCGGAGUUUAGGUUCACUACUUGA